AAAAGAUUUCUUGCUUAUAUGAAGGAUACUAGAGGUCGACCGAUUAUGAUUUUUCAAAGCCGCUACCGAUUAUUGGAGGACUUUAAAAGCCGACACCGAUUAAUCGGCCGAUUUUUUUAUUAUUAUUAUUUAUUGGAAAUAAUGACAAUUACAACAAUACUGAAUGAACACUUAUUUUAACUUAAUAUAAUACAUCAAUAAAAUCAAUUUAGCCUCAAGUAAAUAAUGAAACGUGGUUUAAAUAAUGCAAAAACAAAGUGUUGGAGAAGAAAGUAAAAGUGCAACAUGUGCUAUGUAAGAAAGCUAACGUUUAAGUUCCUUGCUCAGAACAUGAGAACAUAUGAAAGCUGGUGGUUCCUUUUAACAUGAGUCUUCAAUAUUCCCAGGUAAGAAGUUUUAGGUUGUAGUUAUUAUAGGAAUUAUAGGACUAUUUCCCUCUAUACCAUUUGUAUUUCAUUAACCUUUGACUAUUGGAUGUUCUUAUAGGCACUUUAGUAUUGCCAGUGUAACAGUAUAGCUCCCGUCCCUCCCCUCGCUCUACCUGGGCUCAAAACAGGAACACAUCGACAACAGCCACCCUCAAAGCAUCGUUACCCAUCGCUCCACAAAAGCGCAAGGGGAAUAACUACUCCAAAUCUAAAAACGGGUGACUUUUGUCACAGUAUUAGCGCACACCCAGUUAACUAGCUAGCCAUUUCACAUUGGUUACACCAGCCAUUAGGCUGAUAGGCUUGAAGUCAUAAACAGCGCAGUGCUUGCGAAGAGCUGCUGGCAAAACGCACGAAAGUGCUGUUUGAAUGAAUGAUUACGGGCCUGCUGCUCAGUCAGACUGCUCUACCAAAUCAGACUUAAUUAUAACAUAACACACAGAAAUACGAGCCUUUGGUCAUUAAUAUGAUCGAAUCCGGAAACUAUAAUUUCGAAAACAAAACGUUUAUUAUUUCAGUGAAAUACGGGUGGCAUUGCCUGCUAAACUGGAUUAGUAGUUAUAACUAGUGAUUAUGAUUGAUUGUUUUUUAUAAGAUAAGUUUAAUGCUAGCUAGCAAUUUACCUUUGCUUCUACUGCAUUCGCGUAACAGGCAGGCUACUCGUGGAGUGCAAUGGUUAGAGUGUUGGACUAGUUAACUGUGCGGUUGCAAGAUUGGAUCCCCUAAACUGACAAGGUGAAAAUCUGUCAUUCUGCCCCUGAACAAGGCAGUUAACCCACAGUUCCUAGGCAAUCAUUAAAAAUAAGAAUGUGUUCUCAAUUGACUUGCCUAGUUAAAUAAAAGGUAUAAAAAUUAAAAAGACAUUUUAAAAAAUUAUCGGAAAUUGGCGCCCAAAAAUAUUUUGAUUGUUAUGAAUACUUGAAAUCGGCCAUUCCGAUUAAUCGGUCGACCUCUAGUAUGUACGUAUAUAUAUAUAUAUAUAUGAGAGAGUACAGGGAACAUAAGGUUGAAUAUAUUAUUAUAGACCUGCUAGAUCUACUGUCUCUAUUAUAUUAUGACAGACCAGCUAGAUCUACUGUCUUUAUUAUAUUACAACAGACCAGCUGUAUCUACUGUCUCCAUUUAACUUUGGCCAUUGUUGUGGGCCUGCCCUCCCCUCAACAGCCUCAAAUAGGCUAUUUCAUGUGGGGGUGGGGUGGGGUGGAGCGGCAGUCACGCAUCUCGGCCAUGCUCCCUCUAAUCCACAAUAUGUGUGUAUAUACACACACAAAUAUAGGCUAUGGGUCAUACACAUACAUACAAACAUAGGCUAUGGGUCAUACAUACAUACAAACAUACCCCCACCCACAAUGUAUAGACAACGUGUACUUUACCCGUAUAGCCAACGUGUACACAUUUCAUUACAUUUUUAUAUGUUGCUACAAAAAAAUGUAAAAGUCACAAUAUUUUAUAUUAUUAAUUUCAAACAAUGGCAUUAGCAUGAGAAGAACUUACCAGUCCAAAAUGAUGUCCUCCUUUUGGGAAUCAAAGCUAUGCUAGCUAAAUGAAUCAUCCUCCAACAAUCUCUGUCUCACUUUCCCAAUCAAUUUCUUCCAAAAUUGUGUGUACAUCUGUAUAUCUAGACUUAGAUUUAGCUUUCCCUGACUUAGUCGCCAUACUGAUUGAUAUAUAAACAGCUGAAGAUGCGCUUUACCAAAAAAGUGCUGUGCGCAACUUGCGUUGCUCCUUCCGGUAUGAAUUUUCAAUGGUGAAUGACCCUCUUUACGCCGGAGUUUACUACAUAGGUUGGUCUUCCAACACAUAACCAUUACAUAUUGCCGUUUACCUCAGCUCAUUGGCUAUCGACCAAGCUAGAUUUCAAGACGAUCAGUAGUCAGUGGGUUAAAAUACAGUCAAUCAACGAAACCGCGGUCAUAUCAUUGGCGCACAAUGAUGUCAUUACUUGUUGUCUUCAAAUCGGUUUCUUUCAGUCAAUACGUCCCGCGAAAUGACCCAUCACAUUUGGUUGUGUUACAAACAACCAGUUGAUUGCAAUGAAACCAAACAUGACUGGAAAAGUCACGUUUAGUGUGUGUAUUUACAUCGAAUGUGUCGUCGAAAAUUGAAUGAGACGGAAUUCACGACACAAGCGGUUCACAAAAUGUUUCGUGUUAGGCUGUAAAAAUGGAUUUUAUCAAACAAAAGAUCAUUAAUUGUGUAACAAUGAGCAUUGGGAUUGCAAACAGAGGAAGAUUGUCAAAAGGUAAACGAUUUCUUUUAUUGCAAUUUGUGAUUUUGUAACGCCUGUGCUGGUUGAAAUAGUUUUUUUAUGGGGCUCUGUCCUCAGAUAAUCACAUCGUAUUCUUUCGCAGUAAAUCCUUUUUUAAAUCUGACAACGCAGUUGGAUUAGCAAGACUCUAGGCUUUCGAAACAUGUGAGACACUUGUAUUUGCAUGAAUGUUUAAUAUGACUAUUUAUGUAGCGAUCACCGUAUGUUGUCGAAUUUAACCCCGCUGUUCUAUCCUGCCAGUACAUCGUAGAACCAGCCGGCUGUAUGUUGAUAUUGUCGUCAUUCAGCCACGACUCCGUGAUGCAUAGGAUGUUAGUUUUCAAUGUCCCUUUGGUAGUUUAAUCUUCCCAAUAACUCGUCCAUUUUAUUGUCCAAAGAUUGCAUGUUUGCGAGCAGAAUUGAGGGGAGUGGGGGUUUAUUCGAUCGCUGCCUACUCCUCAGAAGGCAGCUCGCCCUCCGGCCUCUCUUUCUCCGCCACUUCACACAGAUCACUGGGGUCGGGGCCUGUUCCUGAGGGAGCCGUAUAUCCUCCGCCUCGGGCUCGUGAGAGUCGUGAAAGAAGAAAAAUUAUUCUGCUAGUCCGUGGCGCUACAUGAAGCACAAGCGUGACGACAGUGCGGAAAAGCAGGAUGAGGAGACGGUGGAUGUGACGCCCAUCAUGAUCUCUGUGUUUGUGGUCAUGUGCUGCUCGAUGCUCGUGCUGCUCUACUUCUUUUACGACCACCUGGGAUCCCAGAGAACAACCUUCCCUACUGCCACAAGAGGCCUCAGGUCCGCAUGCUGCUGCUGUCAGCCUUCUGCAUCGGAGUCAGUGCUAUCUGGGGCGUGUUCCGCAACGAAGACCAGAGAGGAAGUAGAGCUGACUUCAUCACCCACACCAGUUCACUGGAGCAGUGCAGGUUCACCUCCAAGACUAGAACAGGACCCACACAAACACACCUGUAGAGCGAGAUACGGAGAGAUAAAGUUUCUGUCAUGGGACGCCACGAUGAUUGUGCCGUUUGUGAAUUGCAGUACACUGAUCCUGUCACUGUGUGCCGAGGGAGAAUCCAUCCAAAUCGUCAUCAUUGAGAGAAGAAAAUCAGUUUCAUCAGAGAAAAAGAGAGACAUGCUCCAGGAGUUGACAUUGGGUGGCUGGUUGAAUCACAUGUUUCCCUUGGAAUCUCUCUCCACACACACCCAACUCUGGAGACACGACACAGAUUAACGAUGCAGUUAAUACAUUAUUCAUAUAACAACUUGUUUACAGAUGAUUCACAAGAUCAAAAUGUGUAUGUGAGUGUCAUUGUACUGCAGUGCAGCAACCUCCCUCCACAGUCAAUGCAGAUAUCCAGCCACUUUUUCCCUCACUAGUCCCGUCCAUUUCUAUCUCAAUGUCACCACAUGAUGACAGGUCAGUCUUUGGGCCCAUGGCAUUCUAGGGAAGGCAGAUAUUACCAUUCAUCAAUGGCCGAAAUGCCAGAGGGGCUGGUCCAUUUUUUGUGCAGUGGGCAUAUAAGGGGUCCCUAAGAGGCUAACCUCUUAAGGAUCUGCCACUAUUUUUCAAUUUUCGCCUAAAAUGACAUAACCAAAUCCAACUGCCUGUUGCUCCUGAAGCAAGGAUAUGCAUAUUCUUGGUACCAGUUGAAAGGAAACACUUUGAAGUUGUGGAAAUGUGAAAGGAAUGUAAGAGAAUAUAACACAAUAGAUCUGGUAAAAGAUCAUGCAAAGAAAAUAAAAAAACUUUAUUUUGUA